AUGAUGAAGCCCUCGGCGAUCAUCUCCCUCGCCUGCGUCCUCCUGUUCAUUCUCAAUGUACCUCGCGGGGAAUCGUCCCGGCCGCAGGGGCUCGGCGCAGGACACCACUCGCCCGGACAGGGCCACCACGGCGGGCACGGCGGGCAUGGCGGGCACCAAAACGAUCAACCUGCAGACUACAAUGGAUACAGCUUCUACGUCUUUGGUGACUCCUUCGCCGACAACGGCAACCUCCUCAAGAAGUACCCAAACUCGGAGCUCACCCGCCAGUGGUAUCCUCCCUACCAGGCCUCCGGCCGUUUCUCCAACCUCCUCGUUCAGUCCGACUUCAUCGCCUUGCUGCUACGGCAGCCCGUGUCCCCUCCGCCGCACAGGCAAACUCGCGGAGUCGGCCCGGCCGGCAUGAACUUCGCCGCCGGCGACUCCGGCGUGUUCGACGUGCCAGGCACCCCUACCCUCACCAGACAGGUCCACACCUUCAACAAGCUCGUCAACGACGGGGACAUCAAGAAGGAGCACCUCGACGGCCAAUCCGUCGCGCUCGUCGCCAUCGACGGCAACGACUACGCCCGCGUCGGCACCCACACCAGCAGCUUCGCCGACGUACGUGAACACCAUGCAUCCAACGUGACAGAGGAGAUCGUGGCGAAUGUGGCGCGGCUGCGGAACCUCGGUGUCAAGAAGGUGCUCGUCAACAACCUCUUCCCGCUCGGGUGCGCGCCGUCGCUCUCCAGGCCCAACAACUACGCUUACUGCGACGAGGAGGGCAACCAGGGCGCCGCGCUCCACAACCGCCUCCUCGCCGAAAAGCUCGCCGGCAUGGAUGGCGUUCUAGUGGUGGACCUCAGCGCCGCCUUCUCCAGGAUCGUCGGGCCCAGCCCCGACACCGACAUGGUGAACCUCUUCCCCAACAAGCUGGCGCCGUGCUGCGAGAGCAUGGACCCCAAGGGGUACUGCGGGCAGGUGGACCCGGACACCGACGCGGCGCUCUACAAGGUGUGCCAGGACCCCGACAGCUACUUCUUCUGGGACGAGAUGAACCCCACGCAGGUCGGCUGGGAGGCCGUCAUGGAGCCGCUCGACAGACCCAUCAGAGAAUUCCUAGGGCUCGUCACCUAG